AUGGUCAGAAAGAUCGAACUUCGAGUCCACGCUGGUGCUCCUUCGGGCCACAACGAUGAUGGACGAUAUCGAAGACUGGCACAUGCUUAUGCGGAGCACAACGGAUGGACUGAGAUUCAAACCCCAUCAGCUGAGAUAGCCAACGAGCCUUAUGAUUCUGGCGCCGCAAUUGCCACUUCGAAGCUCAUCGCUGGUCAGUCAGAAAAUGUGGCAAUAGAUGACGAGACAGCGUAUCUGGAUGACACACAGCUGGCAUACAAUGCUCUGGAGAGCCAGUUACUGACAUCUUCUUUGGACCUUCAUGAGGAGAUAACCCCACGCCGGACGCCCCAUGUUCCGGCAGCAGAAUCACCAUGGCCGGACGAUCUUGCACGACACAGUCCAGUAGCUGAACCAUCUCUUACUGCCAACGAUGCACUCAGUGAACAGAUCUCUUCGCCGCCUUCACGGCCUCAUGUAGGUGUCAUACGUCCAGCUUCGCGAAGCGCUGACACCGCGAUUUUCAAACCUUUCAAGCUGCCGAUCAAGCGAAAGCCAGUAUCGGACGAUGAUGGGCAGGAAAUUCCAAAGCAAAUCGCGCGCCCCGGCGUACAUCAUAUGAAGACGCCUUCAGUAAACGCUAGAAGACAGGAAUUUAGUGGCCAUGAAACUUCGCUGAUCGAGUAUACUGCUGUCCGGGAUGAUGAGGGUAUCUCAAAAAACGCUGAGGGGAAGAAUGAAGACCAUGAGGUUUUAGUAAGAAGUCCUACUAUGGCGGAUUAUCGGGAGCAUACGCCCAAGCCGCAACUUACCAUGCCUUUUGUUCCACUAAGGGAAGGCGAUCAAACGGGUCUUGCUUAUAUUGGGAAUCUUGGGGCUCCGCAAACAGUCACUCCAUUGCGUAUGCCACACCAGUCGCAGCUAUCCGGCAGCGGCCAAGAGAGUACAUCUGAGCUACCGACAAGCUACUCUCUAAGUGACAUUACGUCCGAGAGCUCGCGAGCCAGAUUACGCAAUUCGCAACGCUCGACCAGUGACCCAGGUCCAAUUACUGUAUCCAGUGCAGCCUCAAACUCCGCAGGUUCAGUCAGAUCUGCUAGUCAGCCGGCACAACCAGCUUCCGGGUCGUUGCUGAAAUCGCCCAAGACUCCGUCCGGUCAACACGAAUGCUACCGACAGGACAAAGAGAAUCGGACUGGAGCAGCCGGUGUACUGGCAUUGACCGUGGAUGCAAGGCCCGCAUCGGGGGAGAGGUCAGAUUCUUCACCUGAUCAUUCCGAGAUUGUCCAAGCAAUGGGGCGGUGCGACGGCCUCGACGUGCUUGAAGCGCGACAGGCAGAGGAAUCACGCGCAUCAAUAUUGGAUGACCUCUCUGCCAGUGUCCGACCGCCAGCGCCCAUGACAGCUUUGGCAAAAUUUGAUACGCAUGUGACUGCCUCCCUCAAAUAUCUGGCAGACCACCCAACCAUGGCCAAUUGCUACAAGCCAGCGUCUGUUCAGCGAGAUCUUCGUCCCAUGGAACGAGGAUACUGGCUGAUUCCCACUCUCGAGUGGCCGGCCGAGAAGCAGCUAAAGUUCUGGGAAUACCUGAUAUCAUUCAUCGGCGACGGGCAGGCUGGCUGGGGUGUUUGGUGUGUGCGAGAGCGUUCGCAGCAACCACUCGUGACCACGACAAUUGGCACCGUGAAGGUGUACUGCUGGGGUGAAGUUGUUAAGCACAUCUAUCUGAUGCUGUACGUUGCGAGCGAAAGUAAGGUCCGAAAGCUUGGGCUACAGUGGUUCGACUCCGAGGAUAGCAAGGUCAUCCAGAUGCGAGAGGUGGCAUCAAGAACAUAG